UUCAAAUACACCACCAACCUUCUCCAAGCAACUCCCACAUCACAGGUUCCAACAACCCCAGCUUACACCAGCACUCCCAGAAUGCCAGAAUCAAUAGCUCAGGACCUGCAGCAGCAGCAGCAGCGGCCACAACCACGACCAGAGCAGCAGCAGCAGCAGCCACAACCGCAGUCCAGGCCAGUGAGUCCACUCGCGACACCAUCACCAUCCCGUCAAUCAAUCUCUCUUCAACAGCCUUCAAAGAAAGGCAAGGCAUCCAAACCAGGGAAAAUUUACCGGCAAGUUCGUUCUCUCUUCAGGGCAUUCCCCAUCAUCACCCCUUGCAGGGUGCCUGUUACUAUACAUGGCAACAAGCCCCAGAAUGGCCAUAUACAUGGAGGAACCAGAAUGACAGGCACCCUCUAUGGCUACCGGAAGUCCCGUGUUUGCCUAGCCAUCCAGGAAAACCCAAGGUGUCUCCCCAUGCUAAUACUUGAACUAGGGGUCCCUACAGGCAAGCUCCUCCAAGAGAUGGGAUCAGGACUCAUGAGAAUGACACUUGAAUGUGAGAAGCAAGCAGUCGAGAAGACAAAGCUCCUCCAAGAACGUCUCUGGACCAUGUACUGCAAUAAUCGCAAGGUCGGGUAUGGCACAAAAAAGGAUCCAACUGAGGUAGACCUGAAUGUUAUGCAGAUGCUCCAUGCUGUGUCAAUGGGAGCAGGUGUGUUACCUACUGAGAACACAGACAUGCCUGAUGGGGAGCUGACCUACAUGCGAGCUCACUUUGAACGAGUGAUUGGGAACAAGGACUCGGAGACUUUCUACGUGAUGAACCCAGAUGGCAAUAGCGGUCCUGAACUAAGUAUCUUUUUUGUGAGGAUCUGA